UUGAGUUACUAGCUGAUAAUUAACUGACGGUUAAAAGAUGACGGCCAGAGGGACGCAGAGUCGCUUCCUGAGAAGUGUUCUUCAGAACGGGGUCGGUCGCUACGUCUGCCAGCUCAAACGGAUCUCUAUCAUCUUCUCCAAGAACGCACAGAGCUCGUUGGGAGUCAGGGAGUUUAUUGAAGAGGGAGCGGUGGAUUAUGCCAAGAACAACCCUGGAACUGUCGUGUAUGUGUCUCCUCAGUCCUGCAGGAUACCCAAAAUAGUUGCAGAGUACUUAAACGGCAAUGUGAGGGAAGAAACUGUCACAAACAAAACGUCUCCGCAGAUUUCAGAGCUUCUGACCAAACUGACCAAUCAGUCCGGCCUGGACAUCAUCCGCAUCCGCAAACCCUUCCACACAGACCACCCCAGUAUCCAGGGCCAGUGGCACCCAUUCACCAACCGCCCCCUCUAUCGGCACCAUCAGACCACAGAAAACAGGGGCUGA